CAGCCGAUGACUUGUAUUCGUUCAAGGUCAUUGGACUUUCGCACUCCUGGGACGCUAUUGUUGAACUACGCCACUGCAUUAAUUCCUAUCUUCCUAGGGUAUCAACUGUCUCGUAGAGAUCUCACAUAUUUCUAGGGCCAAAAUGACUCCACUCCAAAUAGUGAACACUUGAUGAAGUGUGGGUUUUUUAUCAGUAUAAAGCGAAAGGAAUGUGUGUCUGACUUUUACUAUCAGUUUUUGACAUACACUUCUCCCGAGAGAAAUGUGUUUCCCUUUCAUUAGUAAGUCAUCGGGGAAAUGUAGUUACAUUACUCACCUUUAUGUGUGAAGUGAACUGUCAGAUGUGCGCUGCUGAAUGGACUUAAAACUGAACGGUUACAUAGAAAUGUGUGGUAGAAUAUGAAAAUAUCUUUCAUUUAAGUACAGCAUUACAACACUUAUUUCGUCCUUCAACAGGUCAUUCUUUAGUUCUGCUAAAACUUAAUCCGCAAAUAUAAAGCCCGGCAGAGAUUCAGUCAUUACUCCGUCAAACUGUCUGCAUAGUACUUGAUUAGAUUGUAACUGGACAUUCAUUGUACAUUUAAGCAAUACGUCUCUCAGACUUACAAUAAGUAACCCCGGAUAUAACUUUUGCUAAUUGUUGGCAGAUAUAAACUACGGCUUCAAUAAAAUGCAUGUUGGUGAACUAAGAUUUUUCACCAGACUGCCGAAAAUUUGGGUUCUUAAUUCCACUAAUAAACUAAGAAGUAUCUCUGAUGCCAUAUUUAGCAAGUCUGUCAGGCAAAGGUUGGAGUAACUGUACUAACCACAGUAUGAUCGUAAGGUUAGACGAGUCCGACUUACCUAGAACGAGACAGCACUUUUGAUUUCUAUUUGUUUGUCAAAAUUUACACAUGAAGUGAUGCUGUCUAAGUUCCUCAGAAUUAUUUACAGUUUGGAUGAUAUGUACUCAUUGAAUUAGGUCUGUCUUUUUCUAACUUUUCCCCCACGGAUUUUGUUGGUUUUGUGCCUGAAAGUUGAUUUUAUACUGAAACUCACAAUGGCAAUUCUAGCCACAUUGUCAGGAAGAGUGAUGAUAAUAUUCUUACUUAGUUUCGGUCUUUUAAUAACCUGAUAGUGUCUAGUUUUCAUAUGAUGAGACAGUCUUAUUCUCUAUCUGUGCCGACUGCAAUGACGAAAUAAAAUUGAUGUAACUAGGUGUUCAGAGGCAAUCGAUGAGAAGCCAUGCCUAGUUAGAUGAGACGGUGAAGUCAGCUGUUUGUAAAUAAGGGUUUUCAAACUGCACUUUUGCAUCUAUUCGCUUAAAAUCCUUGCAAAUACCGCAAAAUGUAAGUACAUUGUUAGUCCUUGCAGUCAAACUGUAUCAAGAACUAUACUAGAAUAGCUUUGAGCUGACUUCUCACUGUUUGCAGGGAACUCAUUUUGUGGUAUUUGAGAAGUUCACCAAAGGUCCAGGAGGUCAAAAUUCAAUUUUGCACUGUAUUCGGUGUAUUUGAUAGACUGAAGUCUCACGUAUUCUGGAGGUACAUACUUGUCUUGUGAUGCGUUUACAUACAUAUAUUAGUUAUAAGUGAAUUAAUCAAAACUAAUUAAAAACUGCGUUUUGAGAUGUUCUGAUUUCCCUUAAAGGCUUUCGGUAGAGUUUAUGGUGAUGAAUUUACCUGCUACUCAUUUUUAUUAGUGUUACAAAUACCCUCGAUUCAUACAGCAUAAAUAAUUGAAAGUCCUUUGUAAAAUGUUUUGAAAUAGUUCACAGCAAUGCAGACGUAUUUACUGACUGUCGUCUCCAAAAUUUCGAACGUCAAUAUUUUUCAUUUAAUUAUUCAUCUGUGUCCGUUCAUUUUGCUGUCUUCCUACUUCUGUUUCCUGACUCUGUGUUGUUUUGAAUUUUAAUAACACAAAGUCCUAUAUUGCUUUAUCACUUCAUCAUUACUUGCCAUUUUGAUAAUGAAUGGGCUUUCUUGCUGAAUUUAUGUGUGACACUUUAAGGUUUGCUAAGGUUAAGAAAUACCUGAAUUUGCAGACUUUACUUAUUUCAUGUAAAGAGCCAAAGAAAUCGGUAUAUAUAGGAUUCUGAAGUGAAGGUCGGUGGGUUUUCGACAUAGAACUUUGCACAUAUGUGCGGCAGUCCAAGUCGCCACACUCCAUGUAGCACACAAAGCAAGAGAAGAAAGUAGAAGAAAUGCAUAAUAUAGACAGUAAACAGAGGUGUGAGACAAAGGAAUAGUAAUAACGAAGAACAAAACAGUUUAAUUGGAAAUCAUAAGUCACAAGGAGUGGAUGCAUCUGCGCCACUGAGAACGAUUUUGAGCCAUGUCACCAAUUGUUUCCAACCAUCGGUUUUUACCGUCCCGAGGACCCCAACCAGGAAGUCUACAUCUUCCUACGUGGCUUAGACUAACUGUUGUAGAUUUCAUUGACUGGUGCCAUGUUUUCAUUUGACCGCCGCUAGCGGUGAAGGUGUAUUUACAGGUCACUGCCACCCACCAGACAUAAGAUGGCAGGUGUGAAUUAUCAGCUUAAACACUUGUCUUUCAGCUGAUAAGUUCAGGGUUCAAAAUACAUGACAUCAACUUUACUGUAGGGAGCCGUAAAGCACAUGUGCUUACAUAUCAAUCAUAUGUCAUAGGUUUUUUAAUAUAAGGAAACAUGUUCCGGGUGAUGUUCGCGGUUUAAUAACAGUACAAGCUAUUACUGUUAUUAAACCUUUUUAUAAAGCGUCACUUCUUUUGUGCAAAAUUACAGUUGGAUGGAUGUGUCAACUACUUUUGGCUAACGUGAGAAAGAUCAGUGUGUCGCAUGUCAAUUUUUGGAAGUGGUUAACAGAACAGGCGGUGUCAUUGCUAAAGAGAUUAUUAGUCUUUCAAAAGGUGAAUUAAUGCCUUUUCAGUACUAGCAGUAGUAUUUACUAGGCAGGACUUCAGGUGUAAUAUUUUUUACAGUCGUAACAAGAUGGUUCUGCAACUUCAAGAUAUGUUAAAAUCCCUUAUUUUUUCUUUAUAAGAUAAAAUUGUAGUUGGGAGUAGAAAUCCUUUAUUUUCUAGCUCUCAAAUCUCUACACCAACUAUGUGGUAAGUUCAGUAAAUUGUCUGAAAAUAGUGUCGAUUCUAUAUUUAUCUCACUACUUUCAACCAAGCAAUAUGUUUGUUUGCAGAUAUAUUUUCGUUCUGUCUACAGUACUGUACUCUAUCUGCUUGACACUACGUCAAUAUUUCUGGUUUUAGGAAAUUCUGUCUUGACGAAUCAUUCAAAAUUAGCUACAGAAACCAGCUAAAUCAUUUUCACGGAUACAACCAACUAAUUUCUUCUAUAUAUGGCGCUGAGGUCUGUUGCCAGAUUUUCACGCCUCGCUAAUAUUGGUUCACUAUCUUUAACUCAAUUUUGCCAUCCUGUACAGUCACCAGUGCAAACUUGUUUCAGUAUACGUCUCAAUUCUAAACUUAGUACAGGAAGCACUGAGGAGUCUACAGUUCCAAAGGAAAACGACGGUGAUAAUGAAGGUCUAAAGGUUGAAAUGCAACAACUUGCUGAGAAAUACAGUGAACUAGAAGACAAAUAUAAGAGAGCCCUGGCUGAAUCAGAAAACAUGCGUAAGCGUCUAACAAAGCAGAUAGAUGAUGCCAAAUUGUUUGGAAUUCAAAACUUCUGUAAAGACUUGCUAGAGGUUGCUGACAUUCUCACAACUGCUACUGAGUCAUCUCCCCAAGAUCAAUUAGAAGAGGGAGUCAACCCUUCCUUCGCUAAUUUGUAUAAUGGACUGAAAAUGACAGAAAUGCAACUCUUUAAGGUUUUCGCACGCCACAGUUUAGUUCGCAUAUCCCCAAAAGUCGGUGAAAAUUUUGACCCAAACCUUCAUGAAGCCGUUUUCCAAGCUCCUGUGGAAGCAGGAAAAGAGAAGAAUACUGUCGCAGUUGUCACUAAAGUGGGAUACACGCUACACGGACGUACUCUCAGACCAGCUUUCGUAGGUGUAUUCGGUCCUUAAAACGCGUAGAAAACCAAAUAUCUCGACCCAACUAGCAAUACUGUUUGUUUCAUAAUUGUAUUAUCUGAAAUAUGAUAUAAAAUUGAUUUACACUGUUCAGUUUUCAAUCACAUUGAUGGUUACCGUGGUCAUCCUACGUAGAGGUGUUUCUAGAAUGGCC